GGCAGCGCCGCGGGUUUGACGUGUGCGGGUGCACAUGGUGCGGCGGCGGCGGCGGCGCGGGGCCGGAUAAACGGCGCGUGGGGCCGGGCGCUGCCAGUGCCCUGAGUCACGGCGGGCACCGCGCUGGAGCGGCAUCCGCGGCUCUGAGUCACCGCGCGCGGGAGCGGCGCUUUUAGCGAGGGGCGUUCGGGGGCGGGAGCCGCUCCGCCCGCAGCCCCAGGGCCGGGGCCGCGCUGCCGGCGGGGCGAGUUCGGGCGGCGCGGAGAGAGAGGACGCAGCGCACGGGGCUGCGCCCGCCUGAGACCCGCUCGGCGUCCGGCAGCGCUCCGCCGCCCGCUCCCCACGUAGUUUUGUUGUAUUUUUUUUUUUUUGGUCGGCUUUCCGUUUUUUCUUUUUUUUGCCUUUUUCUUUUUUUUUUCCCCCCCGUCUUAUUCUCCCGCUGCGGACUCUCCUCCGGCUGCGGGAAGCGCGAGGCAGAGCCCGAGAGGUCGGCACGGAGCAGGGGGCGGGGAGACGGCGAGGGAGCGGCGGCCGCGGCGCGGGAAGGCGGGGGCGCGGCUCCCCCGGGCCGGCCUCGGACCAUGUACCAGGACUAUCCCGGGAGCUUCGACACCUCCUCCAGAGGCAGCAGCGGCUCCCCGGGACACCCCGAGCCCUACUCCGCCGGCGCAGCUCAGCAGAAAUUUCGAGUAGAUAUGCCAGGAUCAGGCAGUGCUUUUAUCCCCACGAUCAACGCCAUCACAACCAGCCAAGACCUGCAGUGGAUGGUGCAGCCCACCGUCAUCACCUCCAUGUCCAGCCCGUACUCUCGCUCACACCCGUACAGCCACCCGCUGCCACCGCUGUCCUCGGUGGCUGGACACACGGCCCUUCAGCGACCGGGUGUGAUCAAAACCAUCGGCACCACAGUGGGACGGAGACGAAGGGAUGAGCAGCUGUCGCCCGAGGAAGAAGAGAAGCGAAGGAUCCGGAGAGAGAGGAACAAGCUGGCAGCUGCUAAAUGUCGUAACAGGCGCCGAGAGCUAACAGAGAAACUCCAGGCGGAAACUGAGGUGCUGGAGGAGGAAAAGUCAGUGCUUCAAAAAGAGAUUGCUGAGCUCCAGAAGGAGAAGGAGAAACUAGAGUUCAUGCUGGUUGCUCACAGCCCUGUGUGUAAAAUCAGCCCUGAGGAACGUCGGAGCCCACCAACCAGCAGCCUCCAGAGCGUUCGGACUGGAGCGAGCGGAGCAGUAGUGGUGAAGCAGGAGCCUGUGGAGGAAGAGAUCCCAUCUUCCUCUUUGGUCCUUGACAAAGCUCAGAGGUCUGUCAUUAAGCCCAUCAGCAUUGCUGGAGGUUAUUAUGGGGAGGAGGCACUCAACACUCCCAUCGUGGUGACCUCAACACCAGCCAUCACUCCUGGUUCCUCCAACUUGGUGUUCACCUACCCCAAUGUCUUGGAUCAGGAGUCUCCUCUCUCCCCAUCUGAGUCCUGCUCCAAAGCUCACCGGAGGAGCAGCAGCAGUGGUGACCAGUCCUCGGAUUCCUUGAACUCUCCCACCUUGCUGGCAUUGUAAUCCCCUGAGGCCCCCCAUUGCCAGUGUGUUACAUCCCCCGCCCAGCUCCAUGGGGAGACCCCUCCAUGGGAUUAGAGACAGGCACAGGAUCGUUCAAGCACAAGGGCAGCAAGAACAAGAAUGGGGAAGUGCUGCAGCUCCAGGAAAGAGAGCGAGGACCAACGCCAGCUCCCUGGAGGCAGGAAAUGGCAAGGGUGGGACUGAUGCACCAGGACUGAUUGGAGAGGGCAAUGUCUCCUCUGUAGGGUCUGCCAAUGGAAAUCUCGUCUCGGCACCAUAGUGGACUUGGGGAGCACUCCUGGCCAGGACUGAAGGCGAGCUGCAGACAGUUGCUAGCCAUCCCUUUCCUUUGUGAAUUGAUCUGAUCGGUUAUGCUCUGUGCUUAGAUCUUUCUGGUUAAUUACCUUACAACUUCUUCUUUCCCCCUAUCUCUCUCUGCCUAUCAUUUCCAAUGUUGUCGAUCCUAUGACAUUUCAUCCAGUUGAUCUGUACUCUAAAGGCUUGUUAGGAUCUUUCUUGGGACAGGCUGUGGGAAACAUGCACGGUUGCCUAGCUGGGAAGGGGAUGUCUGGUGGGGGGGGUGGGGAGGAUCAAGAGGAGCCCAAGGGCUCAGUGGCAAAGGCA